CUCUCAUCGGCAUCAGCACCGGCUCGCGAACCAUCUCUUUGAUCUCGGUCGGCUGUGGCCAUCACGCACCGCGCCGCGACACUCGCUUGUUUUCUUCUUCUUUUUUCGAUUUUUAUUCUUCUCGUUGUACUCGUCGGCUAAUUUCUUCGUUUUUAGUUCGUUUUGUCCGGUGGGUUUUUUGGUUGUUUUUUUGGUUUCGGACAGGCCGGCGCGACAAAGUACUUGUUUUACCUGAGUGGUCGUUUAAAAAUAUAGAUAGAUUUUGGGAUAGACUAAUUUAAGAUGAUUUUCGGGGGGUGAUUGUGGUAGAAACAAAUAGAAGGAUUUUUUGGAUUUUGUAAUAUGGACAUGGAUUGAAAAAUAUAGAGCCAUGCGCCUCAAAUGCACCUCGACGUCAAAGACCAAGUCAAGCAUUGUACGCAGAUUUAAUGGUACGAUGGCAGCACUGCCUUUCGUCUUCUGCAUACUGGUGGGCGGCAUCUCCAUAAAUAUUGCCGAAGCAGCACGGAGGCAGCAGACAAACGGCACAUGGAUGCGUAUGGGUAUGCUCUUUGACGACAACAUGCAAAACGACCAAGGACUUCCCUCCUGCAAAGCCCUACCUGGAUUAAGUCCUGGCCAAAGAAGGCUUUGCCAGCUGUAUAUAGACCAUAUGAACGCUGUUGCUUUCGGAGCAAAGCAUGCUCUGACGGAAUGCAAACACCAGUUCCAUAACAGGAGGUGGAAUUGCUCCAUUCUUGAUGAUAUCAACGUAUUUGGACCUGUCAUUUUCAUAGCUAGUAGAGAGGCAGCAUUUGCUCACGCCUUAGCAUCAGCGGGAGUAUCCCAUGCGAUAUCUAGAGCAUGCAGGGAUGGACAGCUGUCUUCUUGCGGUUGUUCCAGGAUGGGUCGACCCAAGGACCUUAAGAAAGACUGGGUUUGGGGAGGAUGCGGUGAUAAUUUAGAAUACGGCUAUAAAUUUACUCAGAGUUUCGUAGACGUGCGAGAAAAAGAAAGAAAAUUCAAAAGAGGUACCAGAGAACAAGGACGAGUACUUAUGAAUCUGCACAAUAAUGAAGCCGGCAGAAGGGCGAUAAUAAAAAAAUCGAAAGUGACCUGCAAAUGUCACGGAGUGUCGGGUUCUUGCUCCCUCAUCACCUGCUGGCAACAACUGGCGACCUUCAGAGAAGUCGGUGACUACUUGCGAGAUAAAUACGAUGGAGCAACGGAAGUGAGAGUGAACAGAAGAGGUCGCCUCCAGCUCCGGGAUCCGAGAGUUACCAUCCCCACGGCUUACGAUCUGGUGUACUUAGAAGACUCGCCGAACUAUUGUGUUAAAGACGAUAUUACAGGAUCCUUGGGUACGCAAGGACGAGUGUGUAACAGGACAUCGCCUGAUAUAGACGGUUGCAAUCUCUUGUGUUGCGGCCGAGGCUACAACACCCUCAAGAGCGUCAUCAAGGAGAGGUGUCAAUGCAAGUUCAAGUGGUGCUGCCAAGUCGAAUGCAAGACGUGUGUGCGCACAACGGAUGUUCAUACUUGCAAAUAAGUUACGCGUUACGGAAAUGACGUAAUCGAUCUACAAGGUGUGAUUAAUAAUUUUUAGACUAAAAUCUUACCAAAAUGGCGUCAAAUAGUUAUUCUUGGUGAAAAUAUGAAUUUGAACUGUAUAUUUAUUGAAAAUAUUGGUAAGUUACGGAAAAAGUAGUUGAAAAUGAUUGGCAGACAAAUUUUUAUGUACAGUAUUUGCCGUUAGUAAAAUAGGUGAAAUAUUUUUGUGGCAGACCAAUAUUUUAAUUUCAGUCUUAACUUUAAAAACAAAAAAUAUGGACUAGUUGUUCGAUAAGGGUUAUUUGUUUUAUAAAUAAAUAUUUUUUCGAUCGAUAUUUUUUUUUGCAAAACAGCUCUUUCUUUUUUCUGAUCAUUUUACAUCGCAUAUAUUUUUUUUUAUUAAGUAAGGUUAGAAUUUUGUCGCAGUAUCUCGAACUAUAAUAACUGUAGCAAAAAAGUUUCAGAUCCGAAUAAAUAUUACUGGGUAAAUUAUUCAAAAUAAAAUUUAACUACAACACUGUAUAUUGAAAAUAGUACAUUAUUAAAAUAUUAAUUUUACAAGAAGUAAAUAAACAUUUUUCGUACGUGUGCAUAAAAAUUUAAUAAUCAUAUAAUUACCAAUAAAUUUUGAAAUACGUUUGCAUUCCAAUGUGCGAGUUAUUUUUUUCUAAAAAACGCCUUGUAGAUUCUGAAAGACCUAAUGUUCAACAUAAAUGUAUGUUUUUUGUGUCGAGAGUGAUGGUGUUUAUAGUGAACUAUAAUAAUUAGAAAAACAAAUCUACUUAAGGUAUUUACAAAAAGAUUAUUUGGUAAUUAUUACAAAAAGUUAUUCACUUGCUAGAGAACUUUUAAAUCAACUGAUAAUAAAUGGUGUCCUUAAUUAUAUUACAGUCAAUAUCUUCGUUGUUUGAAGAAAUAAAAGUUUUAGGGACUUGUUUUCAUUAGUUGGGUUUUCUUUUUCUAGAGAAUAUGUUUGUAACGAAGAGAACAAGAAGAAACCAUCUAAAAAUAUAUUCAAACAUUUGUUUUUCUUCAUUGCAGCACUUUCGGUUUACUCUGUAAAAAUUAGAAUUAUAUAACUUAAUUAGGAUACUAAAAUUUUCUUGAACCUAUAUUGAACUUAUAUAUAUCGCUAAAUAAUAAAAUUUGGGACAACCUGUAUACAUAUUUCUGGACGCAAAAAUUAAAAUUGCUCUAGUGGGUACAUACCUUUGAAUUUCGACACGCAUCGACUUGUACAACUUCUUAGUUUUAAGAUUGUGUAUUAUUUUUUAUUUAUUUAUUUGUUAAAACAC